AUGGAUACCUCAACUACGCCCGCAGGAUACGAGCUUGAGGCGAACGCCCAUGUUGCUCAGGAUGAUUCUCCUCCCAGAACAGACCUCAUUCCUCUCACCUGUUUCAUAUGUCCAAAGAACUCCCAUUUCUCCGACCUCUCACACCUACUAACCCAUAUAAGCUCCAAAGGCCACCUCCACAACAUGUUCCAGCUCAAUCUUUCCCGCGAGGUUGAUAUGAGUGCCGAUAUCGCUCUCACAGACUUCGACAGAUGGUAUAAGCAAAAUAACAUCAGCGCAUUGCUGCGUGCUCGAAAGUCUGCGAGGGAACAGAGAGACAGUCAACAACGACGGAGUCAAGCUUCGUUGGGCUUUGGAGGGGACACUUCACUGCCUCUACAUCAAAAUGUUCGUGGUGGCCGCUCUAACCGCAGGAGCCGAGGCGGCGGGAAAGCCAGAAGUCGCCAAGGAAGAACAGAUGCAAUCAAUGGGGAUAUUAUCAAACUUGAAUCAGAGGAAGAUGGUGCUCAUGAACGACAUGAGUAUUAUGCCUCAACACAUCCCACGUACGCGUGGCCCUCUGAUUCCCCUUACUCGGCCCAUGCCAACAGCUAUCUGAACCAUACUACGGGCCAGUACAACAAUUGUUUUGAUGACGAUGAGGACUCAUCGAAGUACGAGCCUUCAGAACUCUACAGCCCAUUCCCACCUGAAGGCACGCCGGAGACAAUUGAGGAUGACACAGGCGCACUAAUUCUUAAAGGAGUGGUUUAUCCAGGAAUGGCCGGGUUCGACUCUGCAACAGAGAAAGAUCGACGCAUGAGAAAUCAGAAGAAAGACCCUGCUGUGCUCCUGAAACUGGAGGCAAACUCCCAACUAGUGACCAGAGCUGAGGAGGUUCUAGACACUAAUCUUGAUCAUCAAAGAACGCGAGAUGUAUACGACGAGCCAUCAAUUGAUGGAAGUGAGGACGAGAAUGAUGUUGCUGUCAACGAAACGCGGACCAAGCGCAGAACCAAGACGAAGUUUUCCUAUACGUCGACCAAGCGUCGAACAAAUACUAGGCCUCGCCAGCAGCCGCAAACAGUAGGAAGAACGCGUAGUUCUCGUUUGUCCAGUCGAAAAUCUCAAAAUGCAUCUCUCUCGACUACACCACAACUCACCAUAGCAAAUAGAAGAAUCACGCGAUCUUCCACCAAUAGGCAAAUCCCAGUUCAUCACCACGGGCUUCACCCUGAUGCAACAUCGCUUCGUAUUGAUGCUCAUGAAUUAGACGAUGAUGAAGGUUCGCAGGCCUACCAUGGACUCAUAGGACAGUGUCUGAUGACUCCAUGGCAGAUUUCCGAACCCAUGUUCACAACUCCGUCGGAAGAACCGCAUGAGCGCGCCUCUGGCCUGGCAUUGCGACCAGGUAACCCUAACACCGCCUUUGCCUCACCAGCCUCCACCUUCAAGAAAUCCCCACCACAGUACUCUGGAAAAGAGAACAGCCAUCUCCUUAUCAAAUCACCAUCUUCAUUCAGUCCCUACCUACACCCCUCAGGUGACUCAAUGGAGCCCAACAGCUAUAACCCACUGUGCCCACAACCCCGGGAUGGAUAUGGCUACCGCCUGUACUCCCCAUAUGAUGAAGAUCCCAAAACCUCAGGAUCUUCAGGCUUCAAUCCCAUCAACAGCAGUUCGGCUUACGAUUCAGCUCACAUGCCUAAUAUGACGGGCAAUCCAUAUCACCGUGGUCAGUCUGGCGGUGAUGACUAUCCACUGUAAAGUCACAAUCAUCUCUUCAGAACGAAGAUUCUUCAUCGCAGUCCUAGUAUAACUUGCCAGUUGUUUGUAUGUUUUGACGGGUCUGGCCAGCCUGUUCCAAGUCUCGCGAACUUAUCAUAAGCCAUCGAUAUGUGGGACAGCCCUCACAUGAAGUGUCGAUUAUCAGACAAAGUUUCUCAUGAUCGAUCUGCCUUGCUCACCACUUGUUUUCUACCCCUCUGAUUUCUCCUACAACUUAACCGGCGUACGCAAAUUGAUGGUUUAGCAAGAUUCAAUAGAUUCAUUGCUUAUGCGGAUGAAGUUUCCUGCCCUCGUUUCACGCUUGGAAGUCGAGCUGAUUAGAACUUCUAUACAUUCGAAGAAGGUAUUGUCGGUUCUCAAUUUACGCGCUCUUGGCGUGACUUUCGAAGACGCUCUUGUGCAUACCCAUCGUAGGUUGCUCAUCAAUUUACUAUCUUCGAUUGGUAUGCAAUCAUCUUAGAUAGUGUCCGUUCAUUCCCUCCAUUCAACGAACUCUCCGGUCCGAUAAACCACA